AAAAUAUUUUAACGUUUAAAUUAAGAUUCUGAAAGUAGCUUUGCAAAUUUAACCUUGAAUAAUAUUUUACAUCUAGCUAACUAGCAACCAACAUGUGAUAAUUAACAAUGCAUUUGUCAUGGAGACUGUUUAAAUAUGUUUUUGUAACUCGUUAUUAUAGAAACAGAGAUAUGAACAAUUAUUUUGUUUUCAUUUCAAUAUUCCAUUUUAUUAGAAUUGUUCAUUGUUCUGUUAUUAGUCAAGAAAUAGAAGAGGACACGAUCUGCGCACUAUGUUCCAGUGGAUAUUUUCAAUGCAAAAAUUGCAGAUGUAUACCAUCUAGUUGGAGAUGUGACGGAGACUCUGACUGCGGCGCAGAUGAUACCUCUGACGAAGAUGCUUGUGGCCAAUGCUCGGGAUAUAAGUGUGAAUGUGGGAGAUGCAUUCCACAAAGAUGGUUGUGUGAUGGAGUUCCUGACUGCCCGGAUAGCUCUGACGAGACCCAAUGUGCAGGAAAAGACUACUGUGAUCUUGAUCCAGAUUAUCACUUCCGGUGUACAGGAAGUGGGAGGUGUAUCAUCUUGAAAUGGAAAUGUGAUGGGGAGUUUGAUUGCGGGACUAGCGAUCAGUCAGACGAGGAAGGAUGCUCUAAUUUAUGACAUGACUCGAUGUAUAAUUACACCAUUUUAGAACAUUUUCU